CAGGCUGCUGUGAGAGGGCGCUCGAGGCUGCUGGAGAGCGAACAGGCGAAGGAGGCGGGGAGGAGGCGGCUGCACUCGCUCGACUUCUCGUUCCCUUCCCGGCGCCGCUGCGGGUCCGUCUCUGCGCUUCCUGCUCCCCGGCCGCUCGGUUGCACGCCGCCGGAGCAGCCGCCCUUCGUUCGAGUCCCGGCUCGGUUCGGAAGUCGUGCGCGCCCGCGGACACCGCGCGCAGGGCUAGCCGGCGCCACACCUGUGGAGCCGGCGGCCGUCGCGGGAGCCGGCCGGGGUCCCGCCGCGUGCGUGCUCGGGGCUGCGGGCCGCCGGGGCCCCGGGGGAGGCGCGCCCCCCGUCUGGGCGCCGCAGACACCAUGGGGCUGCCCGCGCUCGAAUUCAGCGACUGCUGCCUCGACAGCCCGCACUUCCGAGAGACGCUCAAGUCACACGAAGCGGAGCUGGACAAGACCAACAAAUUCAUCAAGGAGCUCAUCAAGGACGGGAAGUCACUCGUCAGCGCGCUCAAGAAUUUGUCUUCAGCGAAGCGGAAAUUUGCAGAUUCCUUAAAUGAAUUUAAGUUUCAGUGCAUAGGAGAUGCAGAAACAGAUGAUGAAAUGUGCAUAGCAAGGUCUUUGCAGGAGUUUGCCACUGUCCUCAGGAAUCUUGAAGAUGAACGGAUACGGAUGAUUGAGAACGCCAGCGAGGUGCUCAUCACUCCCUUGGAGAAAUUUCGAAAGGAGCAGAUUGGGGCUGCCAAGGAAGCCAAAAAGAAGUAUGACAAGGAGACAGAGAAGUAUUGUGGCAUCUUAGAAAAACACUUGAAUUUGUCUUCCAAAAAGAAAGAAUCUCAGCUGCAGGAGGCAGACAGCCAAGUGGACCUGGUCCGGCAGCAUUUCUAUGAAGUAUCCCUGGAGUAUGUCUUCAAGGUGCAAGAAGUCCAAGAGAGAAAGAUGUUUGAGUUCGUGGAGCCUCUACUGGCAUUCCUACAAGGACUCUUCACUUUCUAUCACCAUGGUUAUGAACUGGCCAAGGACUUCAACGACUUCAAGACGCAGUUGACUAUCAGCAUACAGAACACAAGAAAUCGCUUUGAAGGCACCAGGUCAGAAGUGGAAUCCCUGAUGAAGAAGAUGAAAGAGAAUCCCCUCGAGCACAAGACCAUCAGUCCCUACACCAUGGAAGGGUACCUCUACGUCCAGGAGAAACGUCAUUUUGGAACUUCCUGGGUGAAGCACUACUGUACAUAUCAACGGGAUUCCAAACAAAUCACCAUGGUACCAUUUGACCAAAAGUCAGGAGGAAAGGGGGGAGAAGAUGAAUCAGUCACCCUCAAAUCCUGCACACGGCGGAAAACGGACUCUAUUGAGAAGCGGUUUUGCUUUGACGUGGAAGCAGUAGACAGGCCCGGAGUUAUCACCAUGCAGGCAUUGUCUGAAGAGGACCGGAGGCUCUGGAUGGAAGCCAUGGAUGGAAGGGAACCUGUCUACAACUCGAACAAAGACAGCCAGAGCGAAGGGACUGCACAGUUGGACAGCAUUGGCUUCAGCAUCAUCAGGAAAUGCAUCCACGCUGUGGAAACCAGAGGGAUCAAUGAGCAAGGGCUCUACCGAAUCGUGGGGGUCAAUUCCAGAGUGCAGAAGCUGCUGAGUAUCCUGAUGGACCCCAAAACAGCUUCUGAAACAGAAACGGAUAUCUGCGCCGAGUGGGAGAUAAAGACCAUCACUAGUGCUUUGAAAACCUACCUAAGAAUGCUUCCAGGACCACUCAUGAUGUACCAGUUUCAAAGAAGUUUCAUCAAAGCAGCAAAGCUGGAGAACCAGGAGUCACGGGUCUCUGAAAUCCACAGCCUUGUUCAUCGGCUCCCAGAGAAAAAUAGGCAGAUGUUACAGCUGCUCAUGAACCACUUGGCAAACGUUGCUAACAACCACAAGCAGAAUUUGAUGACGGUGGCAAACCUUGGCGUGGUGUUCGGACCCACCCUGCUGCGUCCUCAGGAAGAAACGGUAGCAGCCAUCAUGGAUAUCAAGUUUCAGAACAUUGUCAUUGAGAUCCUAAUAGAAAAUCAUGAAAAGAUAUUUAACACCGUGCCUGACGCGCCCCUCACCAAUGCCCAGCUGCACCUGUCUCGGAAGAAGAGCAGUGACUCCAAGCCCCCAUCCUGCAGCGAGAGGCCCCUGACGCUCUUCCACACCAUGCAGUCAACAGAGAAACAGGAACAGAGAAACAGCCUCAUCGACUCCAGUUUGGAAUCUGUCGUCUCAUCAAACGCAAACAGCAUCCUUAAUUCUAGCAGCAGCUUACAGCCCAACAUGAACUCCAGUGACCCAGACCUGGAUGUGCUCAAACCCACCCGGCCCAACUCACUCCCCCCGAAUCCAAGCCCAACUUCACCCCUCUCGCCAUCUUGGCCCAUGUUUUCGGCGCCAUCCAGCCCUAUGCCCACCUCAUCCACGUCCAGCGACUCAUCCCCCAUCAGGUCUGUUGCAGGGUUUGUUUGCUUUUCUGUUGCUGCUGUUGUUCUCUCAUUGGCUUGGUCCUCUCUUCAUGCAGUGUUCAGCCUCCUCGUCAACUUUGUUCCCUGCCAUCCAAACCUGCACUUGCUUUUUGACAGGCCAGAAGAAGCGGUUCGUGAAGACUCCAGCACACCGUUCCGGAAGGCAAAAGCCUUAUAUGCCUGCAAAGCGGAACACGACUCAGAGCUCUCAUUCACGGCAGGGACGGUCUUCGAUAAUGUGCAUCCAUCUCAGGAGCCUGGCUGGUUGGAGGGGACUCUGAAUGGAAAGACGGGCCUCAUCCCCGAGAACUACGUGGAGUUCCUCUAACCAUGGGCCCUGGCAGAACUGCUGAGCUUUUCAUGGUGUCCAUGACAACGGCUGAUUCCAUUGUUGUGGGCCAUUGCUCUUCGCGGCUGAGAAGUGCAGGGUGACUGACUCUGCUGCUACCUGUCAACACGAAUGUUUCUGUGAACUCUGGUGUCACCCAUCCCCAUGAUAAUCUCAGCUGACGUGCGGUGACACUGCAAGAAACAGAAGUAAAUCAGCGGAGGAGGCCGUUUGAUUUUGAUAACAAGAAAGGCUUACAAAGCCAUUUCUCUCAUUUAGCACCCUACGUGAGGUGCUCAUUUUGUUUCAGUAGUCAUCCAAACCCCAACCUUCUGAUAAAGGAAGUAAGUGAGAUGUAAGCAGUCCCCAGGAGGUUGCAGUAUAGCUGGCUCUGACAGGGCUGGGCAGUGGCCUGAGAUCCAGUCUGGAUCCACAGCUAUUGUUUACAGUAGACACUCUCUCUACCCCACCUCUAAAUACUUGAGACCUGCCGUGCUAUAGGCGGCUGGGUCUGUUUGUUUGCAUGCAGGAUGGAGAAGGGUUAUGGCGCUGUUUACAUAAGAUCCAGUCUCUCACCAUCUCUCAAGCAGCCACUGUCCCAGCACCAGCAGAAUUCUGUCCAGUCCUCUCAUGCAGGGGAGCACACACACCCCCCCCCCCCAUGGCCCCCUUCCCAAGCUAGGAACAUAAUAUCCCAAGCUAGGAACUUCUCUGCCACCGAAGGCUGCCAUUGCCUCGUAACCACGGCAACCCAACCUACUCUAAAACCAAACCAAAAAAUAACACACUCUUUGCAUGACGUAUUUUUUUCUCCCUGCUUUUUGGCCGUUUUUUGAAUGGUUUUCCAACAACCUGAAGCCGAAGAUCAAGGUCUACUUGGGGGCAGAUAGAAUAGCAGCUGGGAACUGCUCCCUUUCUGAUGAAUUUCAGCAGCACCAGGAUAUAUUUGGAACAAACUCUAGUAACCUCUUGAGAUUAAAUUACAUACAGGCUUAAUAUUUCUGUUCUUCCAUGCAACUAGUGUCUGCUUUCUAGAGGGCAACGUGCUGCCUCCCGAAGGGGAAUACCCUCCCUCUGACUCAUUCCCUCCCGUUCACCUGUCCCUUCCCCUGUCCUCGCCUGCCUGUAGCCCUUCACUGACUAGCCCCCUGGCAGUGCCCUGGGCUGCUCAGCACUGGUGCCCUGGCAGCUUUCAGGCAUGAUUCCUGGACUAACCCCAUGGCCUCUAGUUUAAAAGGACAUACAUGUUCACUGCCACUCAGAAAAAGGGAAUUGUUUCUCAGGCUUUUGAGGCAUGAGACUAAUAGCAUAAGCCAUUGUGAUUCAGGAGGACGCCAGAAGGUUGGGGCAUGGAAGGUGGGAUGGGUACCUUCUGAGAAAGAGAAUUUCCUGGUCCAGAAGGGGCUGGGUCAUGUGGAAGACUGCCUUGGGUGGGGAAGUUUGGCCUGGACAUUUCAAAUUCACUUGGCUUUCCAAAGAAGAGAGUCCCGGUAUUUCCACACUUGAAUGUCCUUGCAAGAGUGAUUCUGGGCAGACAAACUCCGAAGUGAGGGACUGUCAAGCUCUCCAGGACAGGAGCCCCUCGGGAUGGUGGCGUUGUUCCAGAGUGUGUCCUGCUUCUGGAAUUCCUCUUGAGGGAACUUUAAAGAGGAAAAGAAAAACUUGAAUUGUGUUGAAUUACUGUAUCUUUUACUUUUUUUUUUUGAAAAGAUAAACGUGUAAAUAGAGUGAUUUGAAAUACUAUAUGGCAAAGUUUUAUAUUUGAUAUUCUAUAAGCUAGUUGCUUCACACAUUUAAGCUUUGAUUGCUGAACAGGUGUGUAUACGAGGGAGAGAGGGGACACAAGGUCGAAGAGAGUCAAGAUCAUCCCUUCUCUGGCCUUGAGGAAGGAGAAGAUAUUUCCACACACUCUGCUGGCUCUUGUUGGUGGGCGUGACACGUUAAUGGUGUUCAGUCUUCUUUAUCCAGAUGUGGUUUUUUGAGCAUUUCUUGGGCUUUGGAUUUGGAGAUGGAAGGAGCAUCUUCAGGCAAUGAACUUUUCCGAGAACUCCUACCCAGUAGUAAGAUGAAGCUCAGGAUUUAAACAGGUGAGGCCAGGGGUUAGAUUUUUUUUUUGUUUCAUUUUUCUUCUCAGGUGUAUUUCUUGAUACCCCAAGGUACCAGGACAGAAGACGGGAUAAUUGCAUGCUCCUUGUAUCUCACUCUUCCGCACAUCUUCUAAGGCUUUAUAAAGGAGUCCAAGCUAGUUUGCAAAUGUGUGUGUCUAAGUUCCAAGAAAACCUGGCUUCUUAGGAUCUUUCGUUCUUGACAUGCUGCUUCUUCCCCUUUUCCUAAACAUGUUUAUUCAUCUCAGAUUCCCGAUAGCUCCAAAAUAAGACAAAGAAAAACCUCCAAAGAGGGGUGGAGAUUGUGCUGUUAUAGCUUUCUAGAUGACUUUAAAGUUAAUAGGAGUUUGUCAUUGUGAUUCAUUCCAUCAGCUCAAGGAUGACACAGCUAUUACCCAGGAGCUCACCCAGCAGUGAGCGAGGCACCACCACCGAAUCAGGGAACAAGAAUUAAGACUGGAGAAGACCGAGAUGGGACUCAGGAAAGCUAUCAUUGAAAACCCAAGAAGAAAGGGCACAUAUGAGCAGGCUAUAUGAGCAGGCUAUACCUCCUCCCUGCGGACUUUGAACAGCUUGGGGACCUGUUCAAAGGGGCUAGAGGGACAAGCACACUCUCUACCACUGUGCUUUCCAAAUAGAAAGAGUGCAGCAUAAUGCUUUUAACACAUUGGACAUUUGAAAUCACCACCUGCCCCAUUGGAACCUUGACUAGAGCUAACGUGGGGACGGCCGCAAGUCCCAGGCCCUGGAUUUGGAAGUUCCUCUGAAGCUUACCUGCCGACACUUGGCCCCAGCCUGACCACUUGGAAGCAUGUGCCUCCCUCCUCAUUCACCUCUGAUCCAAAGCCGGGGGAAAUGGAGCUACUGCCAAUGGGAAUUUUAGGUAGACCCCUUCCCAGCUUCUCUGGGCCGUGCUGGGCCCUGACAGAUGGCUGCUCUGCUUCCUUGCCCUGGCCAGGCUCCCCUCCUUCCCAUCAUCUACAGAACUGGAGACACUGUUCAGGAUAUGAGCCGACAAAUAAGAAGGAACUUGAAGGCUGAAAAUAGGUUUUACCCUCCACUGUCUUUGCUCCCCACCUCUAACUCUGUCUUCUGGAAUAGGGAAUCUUAGGGCACAUUAGGGUAUCAGAGUGGAAUACUAUUGAGCAAAAUCCCUGAGCUUUCCCAGGAGCCUCGUGUUGCUUUUGGAAGGCCCUGGGAUCAGGUAGGCAGACAUAGCCUGAGUCUUUUGGGGGCAUCAAGAUCAGUCUCUCCCACCUCCUCCAGGUACUCAGCAGAGUUCUGUAGUUACAGAAUGCCAUGCCUUGAGAAGACAACUAGUUUCACAUUCUUCCCCCACCGCCCAGGCAAGUAAAGUCCUGACUUGCUCAAGACUGAUGAUAUUCUCUUCUGUUUUCAAAUCUGGACAUAGAGGGAUGGACCCUGUAUAGCACUGCUGGCCUUUGUAUCCUAGGACUGGAGCCAGUUUUUAGCUUAGUGUUUUAGUAUUUCUACAGCCAAUGUGUGUUUUCUUCUGUCACACCAAACUGGGGUUUGUUUGUUUGUUUCUUCAGCAUAAUUCUAGUUCAUGUCCUCUUGCUGAGUGCUUUUUGGAUAGAAAGGCAAAGAGAAGGAGAAUAAAUGAACAAUCAGGUAUUGGCCAACCGGCAUUAGCAACACAGAGUCAUGCUAGUGACAAGGUGAUUUCACUGUUUGCCAGGACUCUGCAGUUAUGUGUGUCAUACCUGUAGCUCACAGGGAAGUCCUUCUACCAUCAGAGUUUGUGUCUCUUGAAAACAGCAACCUCUGUCACACCAAAAGCUCUGUCUUGACUGUAUAGACUCUAAAAACAUCCGUGAUUGUGGAGUGGGGAGACAGAAAUAAUCGACUGAACAUAACAUGAUCAACUACUCAUGACUGUCUACUGGCACCUUUCAUCCUCUGGCUUCUGUUUCCAGAAGAAGCAAGUCUGGACCAUCCAUUUUUAUAGACCCAGGACUCCCAGGUACAGCAGUGGCCACCAUGGCACUCACAGUUCGCCCUAGCAUCGAAUGUUUUAUGAGCAACCAUGUUACCCAAGUAGGUAGCCAGCCCUGAAGAAACUAAACAGCCACUUAGCUACCUGACUUUAAAAGGAAUGUCCUGGCUAUACUGUCUAGGGAGUUAAUCUGUCAUGACUGGCAAACUUGACAGUAAUCAUUUACCUAGACAGCCCUGCCCCACAUCUCUUUCAAGUCAACUGGGUGUCCUCUCACACACCCUGUGUCGGCGUUUAAAAAAUGUAUCUUAUCAUGCUCAGAUGUGUUUGGCAGCCAGGCUGGUGUGCUGGGUGCUGAACCACUUUUCUUUAAAUGUAACCUCCAGAUGACAACAGCCAUAGAAUAAUGGACCUUGCACAAACCUACAGCAUGCCUGAGACCAGACUCCACCAAGUCAUAAUUAGCUUGUUUCCUUCCACCACCUACAGUACUUGUCUAACUAAAGAGCUUCCCAAAGCACAGGGAGAGGCCAUAUAGAGAAUUCAGACGUCAUUCAGAGCCAGCCCUGGCUAAAAUGUGAUCUCCUAAUGGAAGCACUUGUAUUCUUAGGAGAAAAAGGAUUGGGUAUAAAGUAAUGCUAAGAGCAGAAAGAGAAAGGCAAACCAUCCUGAAGAACUUUGGAUUUUUUAAAAGAGGGAUAAAUAUAGUUCUUAAUAGGGGCGGAAAUCUAUCACAUAAAAAGUUCACAGCUAAUUUUUUUACAGAAGUUUUACAGGACACUACAAGAUGAAAACAUUUUUCAAGGCAGAAUGCCUUAGAGAGCAAAGGCUUAGCACAGUCCUGGACACGUGUAAGUAUAGGAAUUACUGUUACAUCAAAAUUCCAUUUAGUGUAGUCAGCGAGAACCAAGAGUAGUGAUAAAGUGUCAGAAUUACCUGGAGAGGCCAAGACAUUUGACAUCAAUCAUUUCUACAUCUACCAUUUCUACCAAAUUGUCCAAACAGACCCUACACGCAGCUUCCUUGGGUAUCCAGAUGCCAGGGUCAACCUUGAACCUGUGAAAAGAGGUUCAUCUGAUGAUUCUUAAGUGUAUAUGUAUUAGUGUGUGUUUGUGUAUGUAUGUGUACAGCUCACAUUUACAUAUGUAAAGAUACAGACUGUCUUCUAGAAAAACCCGCCUAAGCUGGCGGUUGCUGAGCCUUGACAGCCUUUAAGAUUUGAAGUUGGAGAAUCAGAGAACCAAGAGAGGCUAUUGAUUAUCAGAAUGAGCAAAGAUGUAACUUAAGUGCCAUUUGAAAACUCUGUUCGUAUUUAUCAGAUGAUUACUAUCUAUAGUUCUAUUCCUUAUUAACUUAUUAAGAGUCAUGUUGAAAAAAGAUCAAACUCAUAAACAAUUAGGGGUUCAUAGUAGGCUAGUGUUCACAAGCACUCUAAAAGACAUUUUGUCCAUAUUUUGGAGAAGAAAAUAUUUGCAUGUUUAAUUCACAACUUAGGCUGCCUUUGAGUGUAUUAUAAAGUGCUGUGUGAUGUAAUAUCAAUAAACUACUUAAAAAUGGCACUUUAAGGUUUUUUUUUGAAAAACAUAAAUGCACUGUUUUAAACUUCGAUUCAGUAUUGAAUAUCGACUGGUGUGUGUAGAAUCCUAUUUCGUAAUUAAAAAGUAACUUGUGACUAGAAUAGAACUUUUUCCCUGUUAUUCAUAAAACAGUGUUGCCAUGUUCAGGCUUGAAAAGAAAAAAAAAUGUGCUUUUGUGUCACUAAGCAUAUCUGUAAAGAAAAUACAGUUUCUGUUGGGUGGCCUCUGAAACUUGGCUUUCUUACUUUCGGUUGGUUUAUGUGACGAUCCCUGUGAAACUAGUGGAAGUAUGAUUUUUGAAUUAAAUGACUUUUCCAUUUGGUGGUA